AUGCUGUCUGUCACAGUGAUGUCAACGGAUACAACUGUAUUUGCCCUGAAGGAGCCCGUGAGCUUUGCGGAGGUGGCCGUGUAUUUCAGCAGGGAGGAGUGGGCGCUGCUGGACCCUGCGCAGCGAGCGCUCUACCGGGACGUGAUGCUGGAGACAUACCAGUGCGUGGCCUCGCUGGUUCCAGCCCCCAAACCCGUGCUGAUUUCCCUGCUUGAAGGAAGGAAAGAGCCCUGGAUCCCAGAUAUGCGUAGCCCUGAGGCCAUGCCAGGAGACCUCAGCCCAGGAACUUGGAUUACAGAUAUAUUGGAAGAUCUGCAGGGAAGUGGAGUGGCAGAAAGGCGGUGGGGUAGUGUCUGUGUGGAGGAAAUCAGAAGGGAUGUCCAAGGAGGUCUGGAGCAGGGUCAGAGUGAGUGCAUCAAAAAGCCACUGGGAAAGUGUCUGGGA